AUGGACGGCCUCAAACCAGCUAUAUCCUCCAUGUCACUAGGUCGCGCCUGGAUCCAUUCCAUGCCCAUUAAGCUCUCCGCCGCGUCUACCCACAACAUCUUCGGUCUCGAGAUAUUCUAUGAAGAUCUCGAAUAUCUCGCACGAACCGAAUCAAACACCGAGACCCCCUCUCCAGAAGCUCUCCUCCAUGCUGCUUCCACCAUAAAAGCGCUAUGCGACGAACGAAACAUUACCAUCAUCGGACUGCAACCAUUCUCUUUCUACGAGGGCUUGAAAGAUAGACACGAGCAUGCAGAGAAGAUUGAGAAAAUGAAGCUUUGGUUUAAAAUUGUCAAGAUCCUGGGAACGGAUCUCGUACAAAUUCCCGCGAACUUUCUACCCCGAGAGAAAUUGACUGAUGAUAUGGAUAUCAUCGUUUCGGAUCUUCAGGAAGUAGCCGACAUGGGUGCGAAAGAAGAACCAGCUGUUCGAUUCGCCUACGAGAACUUAUGCUGGAGUACCUUUUUCGACACGUGGGAAGCGGGAUGGGAUGUCGUGACAAGAGUUGAUCGAGAAAAUUUUGGGAUAUAUGGAGAUCCUUCAUCUAUUUAUGGAAAAACUGAAAAUGCAGAGAAAGCGUUGAAUGAAAGUUUGGAGAGAUUAGCAAAGACUAUUGACGUGAAGAAACUUUUUUAUAUCCAAGUUGUUGAUGCGGAGAAAAUGCAAGAGCCAUAA